AUGCCGCCCAAGCCCAAGGGCCUCAAGGCGUCCAAGCGCGCUGCGCCCGUCGACCCGGCCACGCUCGCCAACGACACGUCCGACAACAAGGCCGUCGACCUCAACCAGGCCAAGACGGCGCCCCUCGACGACGACGCCCUCACGCUCGCCGACCUGUUCGAGCUCCGCACCUCGGUCCUCGAGAUCCUGUACCCGUUCCCGACCUCGCUCACCCUCGACGACGCCGACCCGGACCGCCUCGACGAGGCGCGCUCGUUCCUGCGCGGUAUCCUCCACGGCUGCGCAGCUCUCGAGCCCCUCGUCACCAAGUUUGACGAGGCCAAGGACGGCGGGCCCGACUCGGAGCGCGACAAGCGCGCCGCCGAUCUGGGCGCCGACAAGCUCGACGCGUUGGGCGUGUCGGACGCGCUCGCCGAGGGCCACCUCCUGUUCCUUCAGGGGUUCGCCCUCCACUACCUCGGCGAGCUGUUUGAGCCGCCCGAGCACGUCGUCGGCGCCGCGUCGGCCGCCGUCCGCAACGCCGCCGGGUCCAAGCGCCGCAAGAUCGACGUGCGCGAGCCGCAGACCCGCGUCGAGUGGAUCGCCGCCGCGUACCAGCGGCUCGACCGCCUCGUCGACGGCGUCAUCACCCAGUCCCACUCGACCACGUCGGGCGACGGCGCCGACGCCGACGCGCUCGUCGCGCUCGCCCGCGGCCAGUACUGGCUCGCGGUCGCGCGCUACAUCGACGAGUUGUCGGGCGCAGAAGGUGCAGGUCGCGACGACGACGACGAGCAGCUCGCCGAGCUCGUCGAGGACGACUGGGCCAAGCUCUGGAGCUCGCUCGAGUCGGUCGGCGGGUACCAGCCCGAGCGCGCCGAGGGCCAGUACCACGACUUUGACGACUCGUUCUUCGCCGUCUCGCGAGCGGCGGCUGCGCGCAUCGCGCUCGUCGAGGGCAACGUCGGCGGCGACCGCGAGGCGUCGCUCGAGGAGCUCGACACGGCGGUUCAAGCCCUCGAGCGGUACAAGGGCCACGCGCUCGGCGCCGAGGACCACGCACGGCACGCGUUCGUCGUCGAUGUCGUCAUCGCCGACGCCAAGGCGUCCAAGUUCCUCCUGCUCGAGGACGCCGUCGAGGCCAAGUUCCGCCCCGACGCCGACGAUGCGGCCGAGGACGACGAGGACGACGACGCCGAGGUGACGCCCUUGCCGCUCGACGCCGAGGAGGUCGUGACGGCAAAGAGCGCGAGCGAGGAAGCCAUCUCUGCCCUUCGAUCGACGCUCGAUGCCUACGCCAAACUCGCCAAGGACGUCGCGCAUCCGUCGGCCAAGGCGGCGCAGUACCGCAAGCUCGAGGAGGUGCUCCUCGUCUCGUCGGCGCUCGUCAACCCGGACGAGAAGGACAAGGCGGCGGCGGUUGAAGCCGAGAUUGAGCAGGUGCGCAAGGACGGCGGAAUGGGUGCCGAAGCGGGCGAGGGCACUGGCGAGGAGGCAGACAAGUAGAGCGACGGCGAGCUGUCCAGAUGCAACGUCGACCGUCGAGCAUCA